CUCCUCGGUAGCUUCACCGGUCCGGCGGCAGAGCGGCGAGCGGCGGCUGCUCCGCAGUCAAGCGGCUCUUUCCGUGGAGCGCGGACCUGCACCGAGCCACUCAGACGCUUUUAGCCGCAGUCGGUUUGCGGUGCCUCGGCCAUGGCCUCCGUCGUCUGCCGGGUCCAGUACCUGGAGGACUCGGAUCCUUUUAUCUGCACAAACUUCCCCGAGCCUCGGAGACCUCCGACGGUGAACCUGGAGGAGAACCUGCCGCUCAGUGAGCAGAUCGCCGGGAUACACAAGCUGCUGGAGGCGCCGCUGAAGUUGGAGGAGUGCACCCUUCAGUUGUCUCCUAGUGGAAAUUACCUGGACCUGGACUCGUCUCUGGCCGAGCAGAGGGACGAGCUGGAGAGCUUCUAUGAAGACGUGUCAAAAGGAAAGAAGCCGAUUCUGAUCCUGAGGACUCAGCUCUCUGUUCGCGUUCACUCCAUCUUCGAGAAGCUGUACAACUCUCAGGGUCCAGAGCUCAGACGCUCUCUCUUCUCUCUCAAACAGCUCUUCCAGGAUGAUAAAGACCUGGUUCCAGAGUUUGUGGCAUCUGAUGGUUUGACAUGUUUCAUCAAAGUUGGAGCGGAGGCCGACCAUAACUACCAGAACUACAUCCUGAGAGCUCUCAGUCAGAUCAUGCUGUUUGUGGAUGGUAUGAACGGAGUGAUAAACCACAAUGAGACGGUGCAGUGGCUCUACACACUGACGGGGAGUCUGUCUCGUCUGGUGGUGAAAACGUCUCUGAAGCUGCUCAUCGUGUUUGUUGAAUAUUCAGAGUCCAACAGUCCUCUAUUCAUCAACGCUGUUAACACAGUGGACGGACAGAGAGGUGUGAAGCCGUGGAGUUAUGUGAUGGACGUCCUAGAGGAGAGAAAUGGCUCGGACACAGAGCUGCUCAUGUUCGCCAUGACGCUCAUCAACAAGACUCUGGCAGUGCUCCCUGACCAGGACUCGUUCUACGAUGUGACAGACAGUCUGGAGCAGCUGGGGAUGGAGACCAUUAUCCACAAACACAUGAACAACAAGGGGACAGAGCCCGACCUCCGAGCUCAGUUCACUAACUACGAGACAGCUCUGAGGUACGAGGACGGUGAGGUGGACGACUCCUCCCCCCACCUUCGCAAAGAGAGAAGAAAGAUGGCCGCCAACGAUCAGGAGGGACGAAGGAGCCGCCGCUCGUCCAGUCAAAACCUCCCUGACCUCCUGUCCUCCUCCGCAGGCUCCUCCCCCUCCACCUCCCCAACCCCGCCUUCCCUCCCGCUCUCCCCCACCAUCUCCUCCGCCUCCUCCCCCAGCCCCACGGCUGGGCUCGGCAGCACGGCCUCGUCCCCGCCGACCCCUGAUCCCUGCAGCCCCGCCUCCAGUCCCUCCGGUUCCCAGAGAGGUUCUCCCUUGCCCCCCCACACCGCCCCCAACGGUACCAUGACCACAGAGCAGGACACGAAGACACCGCUCAGCCCAAAACUCAUUUUUCAAGCUAAACCUGAGAUGGUUCCAGCUUCUCCAGGGAGUCGCUCUUUCCUCAGCCACCACAUGUCAGCUCUGGGUCUGAGCCGGAAAUCCAGGCUCUUCUCCAAAACCAGUUCCAUCUCUGAGGAGCCCUCAGCUGCCUGCAGCUCGUCCUCCUCAGAUGCUUCUCUCCAGGAGAAGGUGUCCCAGUUGAACCCGGAGCAGCCCAGCAACAAGACGGAGACUAAAACCAGUUUCAACUCUGGGGAGGCUGACUGGCCCUUCUGCUCAGAGGACUGUAAUGUUAAUCAGGACAAGCCGGUUCUGAAGAGGUUUGAAGGCAACUUCCUACGCAACCUGGCAGCCACACAGUGGGAGAAGAAGAGGCGAAGUAAACAACUCAGCCAGUCCAGGCUGUCCUCGUCUGAUGACAUCAUAGCCCCGAGCCCACAGCCGACAGCAGAGGAGAGCGGGGGUGUCCCGGCCACAGAGUCGUCACGUCAGGCGUCCAGCAGUUCAGAGACAAACAGACACCCGGACUCCCAGAAUGACCCAGCGUCCGUGCAGCGUCAGUGCGGCACACUGUCCAACGACAAGAAGUUCCUGCUGGACAUGCUCUACUCCAAGACGGCUGCCGCAGCGCCUCUGAGCCCGACGGCCGCUGCUCCCGACACCGCCGAGGAGGAAGGUGGUGGCGAUCUGGGCGGUCAGGGUCGGGUGUUGGAGCGUCUGUCCAGCUUCAGAGCACGCUCAGUGGAACCCUCCAGCCCCGGCGAGAGCAGCGCCUCCCGCAGGGCGGAGCUGGAGGGGCUGGAAGGCUCCGCCCAGGCAGCGCUGGCCCGACUGGCUGAAGAACAGCAGAGCCGUCACCUCCGGCAGCAGAGCAGCAUCGACGUGGAGAGCCACACCCGCCGCCUGGAGGCGACCCAGAUUACCCCGCUAGGCCCCGGGGGCCCCGGCGAUGCCUGGGACCAGCUGCAGCCGAGCGCCGCCGCCCUGCGCAUCAAAGACCUGGACUUCUCCGACCUGCUGGACGAGGAGGACAUCGACGUCUUGGACAUGGACACCUUCGACUCCUCCUCCUCCUCCUCCUGCUUCUCUGGCAUCCCUCCCCCUCCUCCUCCUCUCCCAGGCUUGGGUUCUCCUCCUCCUCCUCCUCCUCCCCCACCUCCUCCACCAGGGGGUCUGUCUCCUCCCCCGCCUCCUCCCCCUCCACCAGGUGCUCCCCCUCCUCCGCCCUCGUCCUCGGCCGAGGCGUUCUCUCAGAAGAAGAAGAAGACGGUGAAGUUGUUCUGGAAAGAGCUGAAGCAGGCAGACAGACCUCAGAAGUGUCGCUUCGGCCGCGGGACGGUGUGGGCGUCUCUGGACAAGGUGGUGGUGGACACGGCCCGACUCGAACACCUGUUUGAGUCUAAAGCCAAGGACCUCCCCGUCGCCAAGAAAGGACCUGAGACGAAGAAGUCUGAGAUUCUGGUUCUGGACCCCAAGAGGAGCAACGCCAUCAACAUCGGUAUGACUGUCCUGCCGGCUGUCCACGUCAUCAAGACCGCCAUCCUCAACUUCGACGAGUUCGCCAUCAGCAAGGAGGGGAUAGAGAAGAUCCUGACCAUGACUCCCACAGAGGAGGAGAAGCAGAAGAUCCAGGAGGCUCAGCUGGCCAAUCCUGACGUCCCUCUGGGCACAGCAGAGCAGUUCCUGUUCAGCCUGGCCUCCAUCUGCGCCCUGACCCCCCGCCUGCAGCUCUGGGCCUUUAAACUCAACUACGAGGCUCUGGAGAAGGAGAUCGCAGAGCCGCUGUUUGACCUGAAGCUGGGCAUGGAGCAGCUGGCCUCCAACCAGACCUUCAGGAGAAUCCUGGCGACGCUGCUCGCUAUCGGAAACUUCCUCAACAGCUCCAACGCUAAAGGCUUUGAGCUGGGUUACCUGGAGAAGGUGGUGGAGGUGAAGGACACAGUUCACCGGCAGUCUCUGCUGCAUCACACCUGCAGCCUGGUGGUGGAAAAUUACCCAGAAUCCUCUGACGUCUACUCUGAGAUUCCCGCCAUCACCCGCUCCGCCAAAGUGGACUUUGAGCUGCUCUCAGAGAACCUGGUCCAGCUGGAGAGACGCUGCAAAGCAUCAUGGGACAACCUCAAGGUCGUGGCCAAACAUGAAACCAAAGCGGUGCUGAAGAACAAGAUGACGGACUUCCUGAAGGACUGCACCCAGAGGAUCAUCAUCCUGAAGGUCGUCCACAGGAGGGUCAUCAACAGGUUCCACUCCUUCCUGCUGUUCCUGGGUCAGCCGCCUUCCUCGGUCAGAGACAUUAAGGUCACCAGUUUCUGCCGGAUCAUCAGUGAGUUCGCUCUGGAGUAUCGCACCACCAGGGAGCGCGUCCUCACCCUCAAACGAAAACGAGCCGCUCACCGAGAGAGGACCAAGACCAGAGGCAAGAUGAUCACUGAGACGGAGAAGUUUUCGGGGGCGGUGCCUCGUCAGGACAGUCCCUCCCCAGUCUCCCAGGCGGCGGCGGCGGAGCCGGGUCAGGAGGAGGAGCACGAGAACAUGAAGAACCUGCUGAUCAGCAGCAACAGCGGUCUGAGUGCUGACCAGAGAGGCCUGAGACGCUCCAGGGCCGUCCGCAGUAUGGGCGCACUGAGUCCAGCUCAGAUGUCUGUAGCCAAAGAAGACGGGACCAGCUCCCAGGAUGACGCCACAGACGAGAUCAUGGACCGACUGGUCAAAUCCGUUACCCAGAAUCCCUCAGACAGACCUUCCAGUCCCAAGACCCGAAAACGGUCCCGACUCAACAGGAAGUCAUUGAGGAGGACUCUGAAGAGCGGUCUCAGUGUGGACAUGGUUCAGGCUCUGGGACUCAACAACAAGACAGGAGACAAAGUCUGAGCAGGGACUCCUCACCCUGAUCGAUCGACUGAUGGAUCAGUGGACACCGUUGAUUCAAGAGACUGAACCCAGACCAGCUGAGAGACUCCACCGGGCGACGGGAGGAGCAGAUUCUCUGCCUCAGUCCUCCUGUGUCUGGUUUCCUGUGGGAGGAAAAUCUUCGACCCGCUCUCCCAUUCGAACUGAACAAACUUUAUCCUCUCGGCCGUUUGGACAAAAGGUUCCCGUGAGGAACUGACUUGUGGCACAUUUUCCUGCUUCUCCGUGGCUCCACAACCUUCAGGAACGAGUAUGAAUUUGACACGAAAAGCCCUGGAAGCAGAACUGAGCGAUCAAAUGGCAAAUCGGGAGCUUUCUCCUGCUAAAAGGGAGAAUUUCCCCGUCUCCGACGGAAAGUGUGUAUCCGUUCAUAUUAACAUGUAGAGCAACGGCAGAUGUUUCAGACACACACAGAUGAGCGAAGUGGAGACGCCUGAGCAGAACAUGAGCAGACCCCAUUCACUCGAACGUCAGCACACGCGAGAACUUACACGGGGACAACACAUACUGCACCACAGCACUUCGCCACACGACGUAUAAAGUUAGACGUUCAAAUUCACGUUUUCUGAAAGAAGCACGUUCAGCAAUUUGACGCUCGCGUGACCAGAAGGAACACUGCAAAUGUAGGAAACGCAAACAGAUGCAGCUCCCGCUUCACUGCUGCCGCUGUUUUAUUCAUGUGAAGUGGUUUAGGUCGCUGGAGUUAAACUAACAUGGAGCGCUUUGAAACGCAAACAAAGUUCCCGUCCGGGAAAAUAAAGUCCUUUUUGAAAACAAAUAUGGAGCCUGAGAUGAAGAUUAAUCCCAGACAUCUUUGGGGACAUCUUUCACCGAGAUGUCCCCAAAGUCCGGAUGCUGCACUUUUCCAGUAGAAUAACAUCCGCAUUUAUUGGUGGUUAACUCUGAAUUAAAACUCCAUUUACGGGCUGAAAUUGAUUUAGCAUUUAAACGCGCAGCUGUUUAAAAUCACUGUUAAAUGUCUCCGAGAAUAUUUCCGGCCGGCGGGUGAAAACCAAAGAUCUUUCCAUUUUCUGUUCAUCGACGGUUACACCGAGACUUCUGCAGAACAGUCUGUCCGCCAGGUCCAUUUAGCGGCUUGUUUCUGGAGCUCUCAGUCGUCUCUCACCAGGCGUCCUGGAACGUUUCCAGGGUCAAGGCUGAACUUUCAGGUUCAAUUUUCAGGCCGAAAUGGACAGAAAAGUGGAUGUUUAGACUUUGACGGGUCCUUUGAGGUGAGCUGGGUUUUUUAUGUUCUAAUGAACCAGCGACGGACCUGCACACACGCCUGAAUGUUCCAUGUCACAGUGUCACAAUCUGAAGCUAAAGAACAAAAUCACACAAGAAUCACUAACGUGGUGAAAAACCGUCGGACACGUCACCUGCCACCGUGUGUGUGUGUGUGUGUGUGUGUGUUACGCCGAUGAUGAGCUGCUCUGCUGCUGCUUCCUCCGAGUUUGUUCGUUUGAGGUUUUCUUGUUUCAUCCAGGCGUCUCUCUCUCCUGCUGACCUCAGGUCAGUCUGUGCGACCCGCAGGUAAAAAGCUUCUUCGCUGUGGAUGAGGACUCUGAUUUAACUUAAAGAGAGAGAUGGACUUUUAUAGAAAUAUUAAAUGGAGGAUUGAAUGUGUUCCAGGUAUAAUUAAUAAAGGUUUAAAAUAAAGAAUGAGGAUUUUAAUUUA